GCCAAUGGGCGGCAGGGUGGCUGGAUUCCCUCCCCCCCCACCGUGGGAGCGGCGGCGCAAACUGUUCCGAUUCCAGGAUCAGGCUCUGCAUCCAUGGAGCAAGCCGACGUGCCGAGUUCAGAACUUGCUAAGGCCAUCAAACCUAUCGAUCGGAAGUCAGUCCAUCAGAUUUGUUCUGGGCAGGUGGUUCUUAGUCUAAGCACUGCUGUGAAGGAGUUGGUGGAAAAUAGUGUGGAUGCCAGUGCCACUAACAUUGAGCUCAGGCUUAAAGACUAUGGGGCGGAGCUCAUUGAAGUUUCAGACAAUGGAUGCGGGGUAGAAGAAGAAAACUUUGAAGGCUUAACUCUGAAGCAUCACACUUCUAAGAUUCAGGAGUUUGCUGACCUCACUCAGGUUGAAACUUUUGGCUUUCGGGGGGAAGCUCUGAGCUCACUCUGUGCACUGAGUGAUGUAACUAUUUCUACCUGCCACACAUCUGCGAAGGUUGGGACUCGACUGGUGUUUGAUCACAAUGGAAAAAUCCUCCAGAAAACCCCCUACCCACGACCCAGAGGGACGACAGUCAGCGUGCAGCAGUUAUUUUAUACGUUACCUGUGCGCCAUAAGGAGUUUCAAAGGAAUAUUAAAAAGGAGUUCUCCAAAAUGGUCCAGGUCUUACACGCCUACUGUAUCAUUUCAGCGGGCGUCCGUGUAAGUUGCACCAAUCAGGUUGGACAGGGUAAGAGGCAGCCUGUGGUGUGCACCAGUGGAGGCUCCAGCAUGAAGGAAAAUAUCGGAUCUGUAUUUGGGCAGAAACAGUUGCAAAGCCUCAUCCCUUUUGUACAGCUGCCCCCUAGUGACACUGUCCGUGAAGAAUACGGGCUGAGCUCUUCCCAGGCUCUGCAGAACCUGUUUUGUAUCUCAGGUUUUAUUUCUCACUGUGCUCACGGCGUGGGAAGAAGUUCAACGGACAGACAGUUUUUCUUUAUCAAUCGGCGGCCUUGUGACCCAGCAAAGGUUUCCAGACUUGUGAAUGAGAUCUAUCACAUGUAUAACCGGCAUCAGUAUCCAUUUGUUGUUCUUAACAUUUCUGUUGAUUUGGAAUGUGUCGACAUCAACGUUACUCCAGAUAAAAGGCAAAUUUUACUACAGGAGGAGAAGCUUUUGUUGGCAGUUUUAAAGACGUCUUUGAUAGGAAUGUUCGAUAAUGAUGUUAACAAGCUCAACGUCAGUCAGCAGCCGCUGUUUGACGUCGAAGGUCACUCAAUAAAAAGGCAUUCGGCAGAGGUGGAGAAGCCCAUGCCAGAGAAGCAGGAUGAUCCCGCCCCAUUAAGGACUCGCGGGGAAGAGAAAAGGGCAGUGACCAUUUCCAGACUGAGAGAGGCCUUUUCCCUUCGUCACACAGUGGAGAACAAGUCUCGGGGUCCGAAGGCCACCGACCCAAGACGGAUUUCUCCACGACAGAAAAGCAGCACCCCACUUCCUAGCGCUUCAAGGCCCCUCUGCUCCUGGAAGCACAUCUCUGAACCUCGGGAGGAAGGGGUGACUUCCACUCAGGGGCCCUGUGACCCGAUGGGCAGAGUGGACACGGAGGAGGGCUGGGGGCACAGCAGCACAUCUGCCGGCUCUGAGGAGGGGUCCAGCACCCCAAAAACGAGCAGCCAGCCCAGCAGUGAGCAUGUGGCAAGCUCCCCCAAAGAUGGGUUUUCGCAAGAAAAUGUGGAGUCUUUGGAGAAGUUACCUGAAACGGACGAUCGUCUUUUGGGCACGAAUUGCCACUUAGACCACGAAGAAAGCGGCUCCCGAGCUAGAGUUUCGCUGCAGCCAACUCAGCUCUCAUCCCCAAACGCAAAGCGUUUUAGAAAAGAAGGGGUUCCUUUAAAUCCCGAUGUCCCUCCAGAGUCCAUGAAAACUCAGAACGCUUCAGCGCUGGAGGUGGAUGUAGCUGUUGAAAUUAACAAGAAAAUAGUGCCCCUUGACUUUUCUAUGAGCUCUUUAGCCAAACGAAUAAAGCAGUUAUGUCAGCAAGAACAGCAACAAGAAGGUGGACAAAAUUAUAGGAAGUUUCGGGCAAAGAUUUGCCCUGGAGAAAAUCAAGCAGCAGAAGAUGAACUAAGAAAAGAGAUAAGCAAAACGAUGUUUGCAGAAAUGGAAAUCAUUGGUCAGUUUAACUUGGGAUUUAUCAUCACCAAACUGAACGCAGAUAUUUUCAUAGUGGACCAGCAUGCCACGGAUGAGAAAUACAACUUCGAGAUGCUUCAGCAGCACACUGUUCUCCAGGGUCAAAGGCUUAUAGCACCUCAGACUCUCAACUUAACAGCUGUCAAUGAAGCAGUUCUAAUAGAAAAUCUGGAAAUAUUCAGAAAGAAUGGCUUUGACUUUGUUAUCGAUGAAGGCGCGCCGGUCACUGAAAGAGCUAAAUUGAUUUCCUUGCCAACUAGUAAAAGCUGGACCUUUGGACCCCAGGACAUAGAUGAACUGAUCUUCAUGCUGAGCGACAGCCCCGGUGUCAUGUGCCGGCCUUCCCGGGUCAGGCAGAUGUUUGCCUCCAGGGCCUGUCGGAAGUCUGUGAUGAUUGGAACUGCUCUUAACACAAGUGAGAUGAAGAAACUCAUCACCCACAUGGGGGAGAUGGACCAUCCCUGGAACUGUCCCCACGGAAGGCCCACCAUGAGACACAUUGCCAAUCUGGACAUCAUUUCUCAAAACUGACAGCAUUUCUCUUUCUUUUUUUUUUUUUUUGCGGUACGCGGGCCUCUCACUGUUGUGGCCUCUCCCGUUGUGGAGCACAGGCUCCGGACGCGCAGGCUCAGCGGCCAUGGCUCACGGGCCCAGCCGCUCCGCGGCAUGUGGGAUCUUCCCGGACCGUGGCAUGAACCUGCGUCCCCUGUAUCGGCAGGCGGACUCUCAACCACUGCGCCACCAGGGAAGCCCUAACAUUUCUCAUUUUAAAGAGCUAUUGAUCUUAUUGCAGAUUUUUCUGUUUUUCAAGGCAGGGUUUUAAGUAACCAUUUUGGGGUUUGUUUCUCAAUGAACCUGCUGCUUAAAAAUGCAUCAGGUCCGUUUAGAAGUGAUCUUGAGAACUUUUUCAAUCCAUAUGGAGCAUUGCUUGCAACAUUUUUUGCUUCACAUUUGAACGUGUGUGUGUGUGUGUGUGUCUGUCUGUCUGUCUGUGUCUGUGUGUGUCUGUGUGUGUGUGGUGUAGCAGCAAGAGCAUGUUUUACAAAAAGAGAGCGCUUUGGAAGUCACCUAGACUUCUGCUCUGGCCUGACGUAUUUUUGCCUGCCACUUUUCAGCUCUUAAUGAUGAUUAAGCCCAUAAUGGUUUAACUUCAUAAAUUGAAAAUUAUGGUCCUUUUGAGUUAGUCAUUUUCAACCCUAAUGCAUAUUAAAUUUAGAAAAUAAUCCAAAGAUACCCAAGGGAUAUUCUCUGUCCAGCUGGAAGAAGUCGACCAGGUGGGGUGAGGUCUCUUUUGGUUUUUUUGUUGUUUUUGGCUGUGCCGCGCUGCUUGCGGGAUCUCAGUUCCCUGAUCAGGGAUUGAACCCAGACCACGGCAGCAAAAGCCCGGAAUCCUAACCAGUAGGCCACCAGGGCACUCCUGGGGGUCUCUAUUUUUAAAUGUUCUCCGCUGCAGCCAGGGUGGCAAAGAGCGUUGUAGGCAAGGGGAAAUAAAAGGCUUUGAUUUUUCUGUAA